AGCCCAUGGCCCGCGGCGGGGGGGGGGGAGGAGCCCAGAACAGCCCCUUGCGGGAGGAGCACGUGACCUGCGUCCAGAGCAUACUGGACGAGUUCCUACAGGCCUAUGGGAGCCUCAUCCCAGUAAGCACCGAGGAGGUGGUGGCCAAACUGGAGGACAUCUUCCAGCAGGAGUUCAGCACCCCCCAGAGGCGGGUCUCGGUACAGCAGCUGCUGCAGUCCUACCAGCGCCUACCGGGCACUGCUCUGCUCAGGGGGUUCCGGGUCAGCUACAAGCGUCACGUGCUCACCAUGGACGACCUACAGACCCUAUAUGGGCCCAACUGGCUCAAUGACCAGGUGAUGAACAUGUAUGGGGACCUGGUGAUGGACGCGGUACCCGACAAGGUCCACUUCUUCAACAGCUUCUUCUAUGACAAGCUGAGGACAAGAGGCUAUGAGGGGGUGCAGCGUUGGACCAAGAAC